AUGGGUUUCUGGGACACGAUAGGUGAUCUAUACGAGGCCGCCAAGCCAUGGGGUGAGGCCGAGGCCGAGGCUCCUCCUGCCGAGGAGAAGGAGGCUGAGAAGGAAGAGUCCACCGAGGAGCCCGCAGCUAAGGAGGAGUCCAAGGAGGAGCCUGCUGCCGAGGAGGAGAAGGAGGAGGAGAAGGAGGAAGAAGAAGAGGAGGAGGAAGAAGAAGAGGAAGAGGAGGAGGAGACCGUUGACCCCAAGGACAAGUUUGAGGAGGAGUGCAAGAACUCCAAGCAGUGCGCCCCGGCCAAGCACCACUACGACGAGUGCGUUGAGAGGGUUACCAACGCGACGCCGAGCGACUCUGACGAGAAGGAGGACUGCGUUGAGGAGUUCUUCCACCUCGCCCACUGCGCCACCCAGUGCGCCGCCCCAAAGCUGUGGUCUGUCCUCAAAUAA